AUGCGUGGCCAACUCAGUAUUGCCUUGGCGUUCUCAGGGCUUGCCUCGGCUUGUCAACGAGAUCUUGUUCUCGAACGUCGGCACACACACCGUAAACCAAUCACUAAGCGCGCCGACGACCAAUGGCCCCCCAUUCUGUCAGAGGAAGAGACCGUCUUGGUCAACGCUUUCGACAAUGUCACCAUUGAUGAAUGGUCUGACUAUUACGGUCACCAGGUCAAGCUCGCUGGACUUGGUAAAGAGGCCGCGCAGUGGACUGCAGACCAGUGGACCAAGAAUGGGUUUGACGCGCAUCUCAAGGAGUACCAUGUUUACUUAAGCUACCCCAUCCACGCCUCUUUAGAGCUUACUUACGCCAAUGGAACGACCAGUGCGGUUAGCCUAGAUGAGGAUGUCCUGGAGGAGGACGAUGUGACGGGAAGGGAGGACAACCAGCCUACGUUUCAUGGAUACUCCGCUUCAGGCAACGUGACGGGAGAAUACGUCUACGUUGGACGAGGGUCGCAAGCCGAUUUUGCUCGUCUGGUCGACCUCGGCGUUGAGCUUGAAGGCAAGAUUGCGCUCGCUAGAUAUGGUGGACUCUUCCGAGGUUUGAAAGUAAAAAAUGCACAGGAUCAUGGCAUGAUUGGUGCUGUAAUUUUCACCGACCCUGGUGAUGACGGAAACCAGACCGUGGCAAACGGCUAUGAAGCCUACCCCAAUGGCCCAGCUAGACACCCCAGUGCGGUUCAAAAGGGUUCAGUGUUGUUUCUCUCUACUCACCCCGGCGACCCCACGACUCCAGGUUACCCUUCCCAUGAAGGCGUCGACCGAGCCGAUAUCUCUCCAGUCACCCCAAAAAUCCCCUCUAUACCCAUUUCUUACGCAUCUGCUGAGCCCCUGUUACAAGCUCUUGACGGAUUUGGCGUAUCCGCCGAGGAGGUUAAUAGGACAAUUUGGGCGGGCGCUCUGAACGCCAGCUAUAGCUCUGGACCUGCUCCAGGUGUCACUUUGCACCUCGACAACUUGAUGGAAGGCAAAAUCACGCCCAUAUGGAAUGUCAUUGGUCAUCUUAACGGCACCAACGCCGACGAGACAAUCGUCAUCGGGAAUCAUCGCGACACCUGGAUGAUUGGAGGCAACGGAGACCCCAACUCUGGCUCUGCCAUUCUUGUGGAGUUUACAAAAGCCGUCAAUACUUUAGUCUCGAAAGGGUGGAAACCUAAAAGGAAUAUUGUCUUAGCUUCCUGGGAUGCCGAGGAAUACGGUCUUGUUGGCAGUACGGAGUGGGUCGAGGACAACGUCGAUUGGCUCACCGAGACAGCCGUGGCGUAUCUCAAUAUUGACGUAGCGGUUUCCGGUCCAAGGCCAAACCUGGCCACUACGCCCGAGUUGCACACUAUCGGCACGGAGCUUUUCAAAAAGGUCAUCUACCCCAACUUUGGCGGCUUCAAUAUCAGCCUCUACGAUGCUUGGGAAGCGGCCUCCGGCGGCAUCGUCGAGGCCCUUGGUAGCGGUAGUGACUACACUGGCUUCUUGCACCGGGGAAUCAGCUCACUUGACGUGGGCUCCGGAGGCGGUGCAACCGAUCCCAUCUGGCAUUACCACAGCAACUACGACAGCUAUCAUUGGAUGGCGAACUUUGGCGAUCCCGGUUUCCUUGUCCACUCAGCCAUAGGACAGUACCUUGCCCUACUCGCCUUCCACUUGGCUGACGAUGAAAUUUUGCCCCUCGAUUUGCCCAACUACGCCACUGAGCUGCGUUCGUAUCUUGAGGACUUAACUGAGUAUGCCGAAUCAGAGGGCGCGGCGAUCGAUCUUUCGGAGUUAGCCGAUGCCAUUGACGUCUUUUCUACGCGUGCCGAUGAGGUCAAGGCAUUGGAGCAACUCGCUAUCACGACAAACGACACAGGCCUAAUCUCGGUUGUCAACCAUAAGUACCGCGACUUUCAAAGGGGAUUUAUCAGCCAAGGUGGCCUUCCCGACCGGGAGUUUUAUAAGCAUGUUGUGACUGCACCUGGAUUAGACACAGGAUAUGCCGCUGUCCUGUUUCCCGGUAUCACAGAGGGUAUACAGUAUGGCAACGGUAACCUGACGGUAGCAGAGGAGUGGGUGUCUAAGACGGCACGCGGCAUCAUCCAAGCUGCAGAGAUCCUCAAAACUUGA